UUCGUAUUUAGUUCGUACUACAUAUUUUCAACCCCAUGGCAUUCAUUCCAGCUGGUGGGAUUUCCCCCAAGAAGUUGAUGUCGGAAAUUCCGUAGCUAACGUUGGCAUACUUAGCUGCGAAAGGACAACCCUUGACAGGCCUUUAAUCCUGUAUACUCUAGUGAUUAGUGGACAAGAUGUCUUACAUCCCUCUUGAAUGUAACGUCUGCUGCAAGAAAUUCUCUGGACCAAUUUCUGCACGUGACCACUUCAGUAGUCGUGAUCACAAUAAAAAGAUGGACGCCAGGAAACAAGAUCGUCCAGGUUUUGCUUGUGACGUUUGUAACAUAACUUGCGAUACCCGUAGAAUACUAGAGCAGCAUUUCCAGUCACCUCGACAUAAUGCAAUGGCAGAAAAGCAACGGAACUUUCAUCACUAUGGAAAUGAAAUACUCACAGACAGUAAUUAUGCUGAAUUGGCCGAUGGCCGAGGUGAUGCAUACUGGUUUAGUUCGUCAAGCAAUCAAGGGAAAUGCAACCUAUGUAAUGUUGUGUUCAAUUCUAGUAGUCAUGCCCAAAGUCAUUUAAGCGGGAAAGCACACAAGAAGAAAAAUGCCCAGUUUGAGGCUAUGAAAGGUUCAAACGUUAGGUACUAUGAUCAACCAAGGGUUGUUCAAACUACUUAUCAGUCACAAGGUAGUCAUAACGAGUUUCCUCGCAGUCAGUUACAUACCUUACCACCAGACCAUACUGGAGACCAUAGCGCUGUUAGAGCCUCUAAUCAUGAUAGCAACAACAUGAAUUGUUGUGAUAUUUGCGGUGUAUCAUUUUCAGGUCAUUUAAAUGCACAACAGCAUUACGCCAGCGAUAAACAUAAAAAGAAAGCUAAUCAAGGUCUUGGAAAUAAACCGGAAUAUUCUUGUUCAUUAUGUAAUGUGACAUUUACUGGCCCCGAAAAUGAAGAAUGUCACAAGCUGAGUCAGAAGCACAAGAAGAAUGUUAUACUGAUGGAGAAGAAAGCAAAAGGGGAGGAGCUGCCUUUGUCUUGUAACGCAUGCAAUUGCACCUUUACAGGUCAAGAAAAUGCAGAGGCUCAUUUUCAAAGUAAAAAACAUAGACGAAAUAUGGAAAAUAGGAACAUACAGUCAAAAGCCAUGCAUAGAGAAAACGAUAAUUUUGUUAGGGCGAACUCAACAGGUCCUCCUCCAGUACUUACAUCAGAGAUUCAAGUUGUAACUAAUGAAAAAGAAAUGCCUCGUUUAAUCAAACCCUUGGCAAAAAGACCAGAUGAAGCACCAGUGCACACAAAUAUUGCAUUUACACAAUAUAUAAGGGAUACAAAUGACAGUUCUAAAGACGGUGUAAACCUAUACCAUAGUAAUCAAUAUAUCAAAAGUGAAAAUGAUGAUGAAGAGGAAAGUGAUGACGAGCUUCUAGCUAAACCAGUCGAGGAAGAAAACACUAAUAUGAGAAAGAUUUCUUUAGAGGAAGAUCUGGUAGUUAAGCCAAUUGAAAACGAUGAAGACAGUCUAGUUAUCAAACCAGUUGAUACUGAUUAUGGUGCACAGUAUAGAGAGAAUGAUGCUGAAUCAUUAGAUAACGAAUCAACUGAGACAGAUCCAACACCGUUUGAUUCUAUGAGAUCUGAAGCAAAAAUAAAAGCGGAAAUAUACACAAGCCUUGAACAGUCACUUGACACUUUGAGCUUGAGCACUGGAGAUUUCUCAUCUAGAGAUACAGAGCCAGUAAAGUAUGUGAAGAAUGAUCUUAGAAGUUCCCUAACACCAUUCGGACGUGGGCGAGGUAUUUUCACGAUGUUAAAACAACAGGAUGAAAAACUGCCAGGAAAGGUUGUGAACACAAACAAGUUAAACAACGUGAAUCCAGAAGACAUAGAUGUGCCUGAUGAAAGUGAAACUUGGAGAAAAUCCGUUUGGUCAGGUACGAGGGCGGCACCAAAGUCGGAAUUCCUUCCGAAUGGAGAUGAUAUUGAAGAAAGUGGCCGACAUCAGUACAAUAUUCCCCUGCAGUCCGCUGAAGGAAAUGUUAAUUCAAGGGUUUCGAAUUCCCCACCACAAGUAAUUUACCAGAGACAUGAUGUAUCUAGACCAUUGUCAAGAGAAUCUGAUGGUCAAUAUGAGAUGGAGGAGUAUGUUUUUGACCCAGUUACAGGGCGAGGAAAAUGUUACAUAUGUGACAUUGAUUUUACAUCCAGUAAACAUAAGAGCCAGCAUAUUUUAGGCAAAAAUCAUCUCAAAGCAAGAGAAGUUCAUAAAGAAAUGUCGACUCAAAGAGGAUUAGCGAAUAACUCUUUAUUUUGUGAAAUAUGUUCAGUUACGUUCUCUGGACCUGAAGCAAAGGAACAACAUAUGAAAAGUGAGAAGCACAAAAAGAAAGAGAGAAGACAUCUGACAGGCGAGGAUAACGAUUACUUCUGCGAAAUAUGCAAAAUAUCUUGCACUGGACCGGAAAGCUUUACACAACACCAAAUGGGCGCCCAACACAGAAAAUUGGCAGGCAUAUCACCCACGGAUGAGUCGGGCUUGCCCAGUCCAAUUUAUGACCGAACGAAAUGGUACCAGUGUGAAGUUUGUAAGUGCAGUAUGAAUACAUAUGAACAGCUGAAAUUCCACGAAAGGUCGCCUAAACAUAUGAAACAGUUAGAAAAACAGCAGUUGUCCGGUGGUACGUCAACGAACGAUCGCACAGUUUGGUAUCCAUGUCACAUCUGUAACUGCAAGAUGAACACACAAGAACAGCUUCGUAAACAUGAAGCUUCACCAGCUCACAUGUCUAAACUGAGACAAUCCGGUGGCAUUACACAAACUGAUCCGUCUUUUAAACAAUUUAACCAGAUGCCAGGACACAAAGUGUCGUCUGGUUCAGCAACGCCGUUAGAAAGUUUUCUGUCAGAAGAACUCUUUCCUGAAGAGUUUUUACCACCGUCUGAUUCUACAAGCACUAAACAUGAAAACACACCAUUGGUUAACGAUUUUCAGGAACAAUUAGUUAUGACUGACAAACCACUUUACUUGCCUCCGCGUUUUGCAAUAAUUACCGAGGAUCAGCCCGGAAACGAGGCGUCGGCAAACGCCCCAGGAACUGGUGGAACAAAACGCGGUCAGGGUAGUGAAUUAGCUUACGCAACCAGAAACCGAGGUGAAAAAGUUAGUCAUAGCAAUACAGGGUCGUCAGCCAAUUCAGCAGCAGAAGACUAUGCAUCACAAGGCGCAAAGCCCAAGCAGGGAGCUAGUCUUGCAACUGGGGACAGCCCCAGCUCAAGUUUAUUUGCAAAUCUUUCGAACAAAAAUCCUACUAUGGAUAAUCCGUAUGCAGCCACACAUCCGUAUUACUGCCACACUUGUAAAUCACCAAUGAACACAAGAGAGUCAUACGAAAAUCAUUUAAGAGGGAAACGCCAUAUGCAAAAAGUUUGCACAGAGCCAGCGCCACCUAGGGUACACCAUAUGCCGCUGAGGUUGCCAGAUGAUUACUUGCCAUUCACACAUACAAGUCCAAGAAACUAUCAACAAGAGCUUUAUAAGAAAGCCAUGGACGAUAACACGCUGUGUUUCUUACCUACAGGUACUGGUAAGACGCUGGUUGCUGUGAUGACGAUAAGCGCCAUGUUGGACAAGUGUCGAUCAAAGAACGUGUUGUUUCUAGUAGACAAGGUUCUACUUGUAAUACAACAAUCAAAAUAUAUACGUACAGAACUUGGAGAUAGAGAGUUUAAUCGCUUCAAUCCAGACAGCGAUACCUUACAGAGAAGAACGCUACGUAUAGCUGCUGUGUGUAUGGGUCAGCAGACGACAAACGGAAUACCAUUAUGGAAACACGAUAUUGUCGUUGUAACGGCAGCAUUUUGUCAGAAUCUACUUGAUAAACAAAUCCUUCGAUGGGAAGAUUUCAGUCUGGUUGUCUUUGAUGAAGCCCAUCAUUGCGAGAAAGGGCAUCCAUUCAAUGCGCUGCUUUCUAAUUACCACAGACGCACGCCCACUGAAAAUAAACCAAAGAUUCUUGGACUAACCGCAUCACCUGCUGGCAAAGCAGACGUUCCAAAAACGUUACAGAUGCUUCAAGGACUAGUAAGUAAUAUGGGCGAUGUGCGUAUGACAAUUGUUGAAGAGCAUGAAAAUGUUGACACUUUGAAUGAGUACCAGUCUAACGCUGACAUGAUCAUACGCCCACAGCUGGCUCCUAGCGGUCUAAUGGAGAGUACCCUUAAACAUGUUAUGAAUGAAUACAUCAUGCAUUGUAUAUUGAAACUGAGUCAGAUUUCAAACAUAAAUUAUUACAUUGACUUCGAAAGAAGAUUUAAUACCAACAUGCCUGACGAAGAAGUGAGGAGAGUUGCAGACGACUUUGUUGAUAGCAAUAUUGACAUGAUACAGUCCAGUCUGAAUAUGAUAGAGAACGUAAAUGAGAGCAUUGGCAAAGUCCAGUUUUCUAACUUAUGCAUGCAUAUUCAGUCAGUUUGUAUGGCAUUGAAUUGUCUAGAAGAAGGAGGUAUACUGAUCGCUUUGCAAGAAAUGGAAGACAUUGAGACGGAAGGACACAACUUCAAAUUUGCUAGAGAAUUCGGUUUGCCCACAGCACAUCUUCAGCAGAUCAUUGCCCGUCAAGGUCAAUGCCUUGAUGGCCAGUUAGGUGGAUCGAAUGGCAACGCUUCGGGCGAUUUGCAUAUGAAGCGAUUGAUUGACGAAUUGACAGACGGUGGGUCUUUGAGGAAUGAUUCUGACAGGAGAAGCAUAUCGUUGGUACUAGUUAAGCAGAGGUGUACUGCCCAUCUUAUAACUAAAAUGUUACAAAAAUCCGAGAGAAUGAGACAGUUAGGAUUGAACACCACUUGUGUUGUUGGUCAUGGUGGAAGUGGCGCGGCUGACAAGGGAAUGAAUGUCAACCAGCAGAAGCGCGUGCUGGAGGAGAUCAAACAAUAUAAAUAUCAGGUGAUUGUUGCUACGUCAGUUGCAGAGGAAGGCGUUGAUUGGCCAGAAUGUGAGCGCGUGAUCAGUUUGUACCCGCCGUCUACAGUUACCGCACUUGUACAAAUGCGUGGUAGAGCCAGAAGAAAGAACAGCAAAUUUAUUGUGUUGUGCGGAAGUCAGGAGGAAGAAGGAAAGCUCUAUGACAUAAUGCAGAGAGAAAAGAAUAUGAUUGCAGCUACACGUCUUUUGAUAGAGCAGAACAGAAAUACAGAGUACUAGAUUUAUCGUGUUUGACCAGUUAAAGAAAUCAGUUUGUCAUUUGCAAGUGUUAAUUGAUUGGACUAGUACUUUUUCAGAACCCAUAAGUUAUAAAUUUUGAAUAUCUUCUUGUUUUUAUGUAAACGGUAAGCUGUUAGUCGCAUCUCUGUUCGUUGUAAAUUAUUCACCAGAAUAUUCAGCAGUUACAUUGCUAUUUAGUUUGACAAACUACGGUUACGAGACUCAAAAGUCACUAUCUGAUGCUUUUACCAUUAUAAAGGAAAUGCUGAUAUUUUGUUUACUUAGUAUAUUACAGUUGUGUUGAAAGUAUUUCAAAUUUAUCUUGUCUGAUCAAUCCGCCUUGCCUAUACCAUACUAAUUUAUCAUUUUGUGCUAUAAGUUAUUUUGUUUGUUGCAUGUUUACGACACCUUGUUUAUGAGCGAUGGCUGUUAAUACGAAUUAAUGCAUGUACUCCAGAUUAAAGUUUGGCGCGUAUUACGCAUGGCUGUCGAUGGGUAUUGGACUUUCAGUAGUAGUUAUGUCUCCCACCACAUAGUGGUGUGGGAGAUAUAUGGAUUUACUGCUUUCUGUGCGUCCGUGUGUGUGUGUGUCCAUGUGUCCGUCUGUCACAAAUUUUGUCCGCGCUGUAAGUUGAACAGUUCUCAUCCGAUCUUGACCAAAUUUUAACAAAAUGUGUUUACCAAUAAGUCCUCGGCCAAGUUCGAUAACGAGCCAAAUCGCCCUAGGCACUUCAGAAUUAUGGUCAUUGAAUUACCGAAAAUCGCUCUGUACACACGUGUCGGCACUAAGUCGAACAUUUCUCAUCCGAUCUUCAUCAAACUUGAACAAAAUGUGUUUGCCAAUAAGUCCUCGGCCAAGUUCGAUAACUACCCAAAUCGGCUCAGGCACUUCAGAAUUAUGGCCAUUGAAUUACCGAAAAUCGCUCUGUACACACUUGCCUGCACUUUAAGUCGAACAUUUCUCAUCGAAUCUUCACUAAACUUGAACUAAAUGUGUUUGCCAAUAAGUUCUCGGCCAAGUUCGAUAACUAGCCAAAUCGGCUCAGGCACUUCAGAAUUAUGGCCCUUGAAUUACCGAAAAUCACUCUGUACUCAGAUGCCAGUGAUACAUGUAUUGGUGCAUGGUUGACUCAGAUACAUAACUAUUCAGAUGAUUAGGCAGUUGUGGGAGACAUGCGCUUUUCUCAAAAGCAGCUCUAGUUUAUUUUUUAUUUGUUUUUGAUUUUAGCCUACAUGUAUGUCCGCUGAUAAAUAUUUUUUAUUUUAUGUUCACAUUAUAUACGAAAGUGGUAUAUAUGUAUCAUUUGCAUCUCACUCUCAUUGAGUAUGUCAUCCCCUGGCUGAAAAAAGUUUCUAGAGAAGCUUACUUGUUUUUAGCUUACUUGAAUUUUGUUCAGAGUAUAGCUGUAGGUGGAUGUAUUGGCGUCCGUCGUCCUGCUUCAACAUUUGUUUUCUCAAACAUGUUUUCUUCUGGAACUCUGGUGUUCAGAAUUACACCAAAUAUGGUCUGUAGCCCCCUGACACGGGCUCUUAGAUUUGUUAAAAUGGUUCCAUUUGUUCCCUUUUAGGGGCCGCCCAAGCUGUAGGUAAAAAAAACCCAACUUUUGAACGUCUUCUCAUGAACCACUUACGGUAUUUGAUUGUUGCCAAAAUUGGUCUGUAUCAUUCUUGUAAGGUCCCCUUCAAGUUUUGUUCAAAUGGGUCGGCUCGCCAGAGCUAAAACAAGAAGUAGCUAACGAAUUCUUCUCAUAAACAUCUUGAUGGAUCUUCAUCAAACUUGGUUUGUAAUAUCCUAGUGUAGGCCUGUCACAGGUUAUCAUAUGGUUUCGCUUGGCCCCUGCCGCCAUGGCUAAAAAUAGAUAAACCUUUUACCAUCUUCUCAUCGAAAUCUUGAAAGAUCUUAGCUAAAUUUGGUCUUUAACAUCCUUGGAUGAACCUUUCUCAAUUUUAUUCAUAUGGUUCAAGUUGACUUCAGGUAUGGCCUGUCUGAGAUAAAUUUAAAAAAAAAUUCUUUAAGCAACUUUUUUCAUUUGAACCGCUUUAUGGAGGAAGGUUGAUCUGCAAAACCUUUACAUUGUAGUUUGACCCUACCAAAGUUAAUUUAAAUGGUUAACGAACACACUUUGGCGCAAUCACAUCAAAAAUAGAUACGAUUUCGAAUGACUUGUUUGAACUGUUUAAUGGAUGUUCACCAAACUUGGUCAGAAGCAGGGUCAAAGGAUCAGUGUCCUCAUCAGGCGAGCGACUUAGGCCUUUUACGGCAUCUUGUCCUGUAAUAACUUGUAGCUAAAUUUUUAAAAUUAAGUAGAAUUUGCUAGUUUAAAACACUGUGUAUAUAAAUCAGCUUUUAAAGAAUAUACAGUACUAAGGCUAAUUGAUCUAGAAAAACAUACAUGGAGAGCGGUAUUUCAUUUAAAAAUUAAGUUACCGGAUGAUACUCUUGAAUUGUCAUUGCAUUUUGCGUGUGAAGAUUGGCUGUGUUUUUUUUCUGGAAUGAAAGUUCUUGAAAUGUAUGCAGAUGAUACACUAAGAAAACACAUAGAUUACAAAUCAACACAAUUAUAUACAAUAGUUUUGUAAAUCUUAAUAUCGGAGGUGUUCAAAUUUUCAUGUAAUUCGAGGUUCGUAUAUGUUUGUUUUGUUUUGCUAUCACGUUAAAGACGGGACUUUGGUUUAAUCGUUGCGUUGUGGUUUUGUUUUAUAUUCCAAAUAAAUUUUAAGUUCUGUUAAUGUGUUUGCCUUACUGCCAGUUAAUAAAUUAUUCUGAAAGAAUCAA